AUGGCGCCGCUCCCCUCCCCAGCUCUCUUCCCACCAGCUGAUGGAACACCUCACACAUGGCCCGCGCCAAACUUCGUGAAUCCGGACACGAGAGAUUGGACAGCAUCGGCAUGCAUCAUUGCGCUGUUCAUCGUAACUCUCUCUGUCUUCUGCGCCCGGAUAUAUGCCAGAUUCGUCAUCACGCGAACACCAGGGCUAGACGAUUGGCUGAUGAUUGCGUCCAUGCCGGUGCUCUUAGGUUUUGUGAUAUCGACUGUGCUAGGCCUUAGAAUAUAUGGAUUCCAGCUUCAUAUCUACGAUCAAACACCGCGGACACAGAUUACUGUGAGGCAAAUCACUCUUGCUAUCGAGAUACUCUACCUCAUCACUUCGUCUCUUACUAAGAUUUCCAUCCUAACCUUCUACCGUCGCCUUACCUCGUCUCUGAUAUCUCGACGUCUUUUUAUCAUCAUCUGGGCUGCAAUAGUGUUUGUCGCUGCUUACUGUAUCGCUUUCGUUUUUGUUCUCCUGUUCACAUGUUGGCCAGUCGAGGCAUAUUGGUAUCGCUUCUCGCGUUCCUGGCUCAUGUCAAACAAAUACCACUGCCACGAUGAGUUGACCACUCUCGUCAUCAUAAUCAGCAUUAGCACGGCGCAAGACCUACUCGCAUGUAUCAUACCCAUGUUCAUCAUUCGAAAGCUUCACCUGCCACGACGACAAAAGAUCGCUCUUGGUGCGAUAUUCCUCACUGGUCUUGCUGUUUGCGCAAUAGGGGCUCUACGUGUUCACUAUGCACACCGUGUCUAUCACUACGUCAAGACGAAAAACCCCACCUACGACAUUACCUGGGAAGCCCUUGGCUCCUGGGUGUCAACGGCCGUGGAAGCCAACGUCGCUGUCAUAUGUGCGUCUGCACCCGCGCUGAACGCGUAUUGUGGAUGCCUGCGACAGUCAUCCGAUCGAGCACCUCCCCGCAAUUUUGACUGGUACGACGAGCCAUCUCAGACACCGUCUAGUGUGCAGUGUCUGUCGAUUCCAACAGGAAAAGUUCGGUCGUUGAUUCCGUGGGCACGAUCUUCAGCCUCGAGAGUCACGGUCGAUGUUCCCUCAUCGCAAGGUAGAGAGGAUGAUCCGCCAUCUCGAGUCCAUGAGGCUAGCAAAGCGACCAAUUUAAGGGCUUCAAGCGGAGUUGCUCUUCGUCGAGACUCAACGAUGCCGAGUAAUAACCAAUGA